GGCCGAGGCGGUACAAAGCGGGCGUACCUGGCCCGGCAGGGCAGCGCCGACAGGUGAGCGGUGGGACAGGGGCUCCUUCCUCGGGCCCGCGGCUCGUCCUCCCCCCCCCCCGCCGCCCCGCUCCCGCCGCAGGCCCGCCCGGGAGCCGCGAUGCCGUUCCCCAGCUCCGGCGCGGACGAUGCCUUCGACUACCUGUUCAAGAUCAUCCUGAUCGGAGACUCCAACGUGGGGAAGACCUGCGUGGUGCACCGCUUCAAGACGGGGCAGUACAACGAGAAGCAGCAGAACACCAUCGGCGUCGACUUCACCGUGCGCUCGAUGGACAUCGACGGCAAGAAAGUAAAGAUCCAAGUGUGGGACACAGCUGGCCAAGAACGCUUCCGGACAAUAACCCAGUCUUAUUACAGGAGUGCCCAUGGGGCCAUCCUUGCCUAUGACCUUACUAGGAGGUCCACAUUUGAAUCCAUUCCUCAUUGGAUUCAUGAAAUUGAAAAGUAUGGUGCUGCAAACUUGGUCAUGAUGUUAAUUGGGAACAAAUCAGACUCACUGGAUAAGCGCCAGGUCCUGUUUGAAGAUGCCUGCACGCUGGCAGAGAAGCAUGGGCUCCUAGCUGUACUGGAGACAUCAGCAAAAGAAGCUCAAAACAUAGAAGAGGUGUUCAUGUUAAUGGCUAAGGAGCUAAUAGCCCGAAAUACCUUACAGCUUCAUGGAGAGAACCCUCCAAACAGCUUCUAUCUUGAUUCCAAGCCAGUGAUUGCCAGUCCAAGUGUGGAGAAGGCCCAGUGCCCCUGUUGAAGAGAAACUUCAGGAAGAGCUUGGAAAUUGUCAUUCUUCUGAGGCUGUUUGAUGCAAUUGUAUUCAAUUGAUGAAAGUGUCCUCUCUGGCCUCAAGCCAUGUCUCUUGAUAUCUCUACCUUGGAGUUUGGCUUGUAAGUAUUUUCAGAGAUCAUUGUUGCUGUUGGUAGCACAGGUUGCUUUGAACGUGGCAAUGAGCUGAGAGGACUCAAGAAGCUGCCAGCCCUUGCCUUAAUCAAAGAGAACUAUAAAAACUAUUGCCUUUAAUUAUAACCUUUGAAUGUUUUUCUGGCUGUGUCAGAAGAUGAAUUUGCACCAGAGCUGUGUGUUAAUUUGACCCUUCUGAGCUAUGUUGCUGGUUCUAAGUGCAAGCUCUUUCCGCUCUGCCCAUAGCUGUAAGAAGUCUGACACAUGCUGCUUAAACUUUCAUUUAGGGGCUGUCCUGAUGUCAGGCAUGUAGCCACUCAUCCCAAGGGACUUAAUAACAUUUGUGAAAGAAUAAGUGGAGACAUCCCUGGGGUUACAUGGCAGGCAGAACAGGAUACACUUCUUCCUGGGGUGAGAAGACUGCCUUUCACUUUGCUCCCUAAUUGUCAGAAUUGCUUCCAGUACUGGUCUCCAUCUUGCUACACAGACUUACUAGAAGCAAAGCUUCCAGUGAAAGGACGUUUUUUCUUUUCUCCCCACUAACCUCAUCAUGCUUUUUGAUGUGCUGAUUUUAACCAAAAGCCUUCUGUAGCUUGUGCAAUGGGCCAAUGGCAGCUUGAGAGUAUGCCUGCAGAUUUCCAAGGGAGUCUGAAGGAUGGAUCCAAGCUCCUGUAAAACUCAGCAAGGGGUAAGAUGGUUUAAUUAGGUAACCUUGUGUUAGAGCAGUAAGUGAAUGGUAUGGGGUGCCCCAGAAAGCUGCCCUAGGCAAGUAUACACACUACUGCUGUGGGGACUGAACAAUGUGGAAGGUUUUGGAUUGCUCUUCCCAAAUGCAAGCUCUGCUACUCAGGGGUCACUUCUGUAUACCUGAACUGAAUAAAGGGGUUUGGUUGGGGGUUUUUUUGGUGUGGGCUUUGAGGGUUUUUUUGGGGUUUUUUUGAGUUUCGUUUUGGAUUUUGUGUUGUUGAUGUAGGUUUUUUUCUUCUCUGUUGUUUUGUUUGCAUUUUUUUUUCCCAGUAGAUGGAAACAGGGAAGGAGAGGGAGGAAAGAAAUAUUAUACAGGGGAAAGUUCUUUUGACCGCAGUCCUCAUGUACCAAAGUGUGCCAGUUACUGUUAAGCUAUGAACUGCAACUCAAACUCUGUAAUGAUAAAAUAUGGUCUGUGUCACAUUCAAAGCAGCCCUGGGAAGGCUGGUGUGUUGCUGGCUUACUCGAUGGUGGUCUGCCCAUGUUUCCUAAGCCCUGGAAAAAUAGGGAAAAUCACGUAGCAAACAUUUCUGGAAAAUCUUGUCUGAGAAGCACAAAAAAUAAAGCAGAAUGAAUCACUGA